CAUGACUUACCUGGAAGACGACGCUAGGGUUUCGGAGGCAAUGGAAGAACCGUUAUUCAAGUGUUGCUAACUACUGUGUGUGUAAAGAUGGGGUUGGGUACCAAGUUACGCAAAAAAAUAUAGACUAUGCUUGUGGAAAUGGAGCUGAUUGUACUGGCAUCCUUCAAAAUGGACUUUGCUACAACCCCAACACUAUCAAAGAUCACUGUUAUGCUGUAAAUAGCUAUUAUUAGAGGAAGGCUGCAAAUUUGUGACUUCACUGGAAGUGCAACUUUGACUGCAACUCCUCCAUAUUCCUCUAAUGCUGCAUGUUACCAGACCACAUGAGAAACACUGGAGGUACCACAACCCCAAUUGCACCAGGAACCACAACAAAUCCAGGGAUUGGAACUAGGACCGGCACCGGAACAGACACUGGGACUGGCACAGGCACAGGAAGUAAUACAGGUAUUAACAAUCCAGCUUUUGGUCUAGGACCAUCAGGAAAUGGUGGAUCUGGAAGUAAUACAGGUACCACAACCCCAAUUGCACCAGGAACCACAACAAAUCCAGGGAUUGGAACUAGGACCGGCACCGGAACAGACACUGGGACUGGCACAGGCACAGGAAGUAAUACAGGUAUUAGCAAUCCAGCUUUUGGUCUAGGACCAUCAAGAAAUGGUGGAUUCAACACAGAAGGGAGUGGAUCAGUGACUCUUCAUCAAAACAAAGUUCUUUUCACCAUAGCAUUUUUGUUAACAAGCAGCUUGGUAGUAUGCUUAAGAGUUUAAAGAAAAGUCCGAAAUUAUUAUUUGUCACCAUAAGACCUGGCGAUGCAUUGUGAACUUAGCUACAGUUUAGGUGCACACUUGCACGCUCAUGUUGAUUGAAAGAGAAACAUAGCCUGAUUACUAAAGCUUAACUUUAGCUUUAGUAACCUCAUCAUCGUAUAGUUACAAGUACCCUCUCUCUUUCAAGUAUAUAACCUUGUGUCAUCAUCACUAGAAUGCUUCUAAAACUAAUUAGUACUUUGUGAUUUAUAGUUACAAGUACCCUUUCUCUCUAACGGCUCUCUCUCUUUCUCCCUAUCCUCUCUCGCUCGCACCGGUCCC